AUUGGGAACAACCCCGAAGCGUGUUUGAGCCACAGUUCCAGGCCAGUCGAGGACUCAUCCCUUGUCUUCCUGUAAAACAAAAGAGAACUUGAAGAGCAGUGAGGUUGGUGUAUAGCGGAGAAGCGUCCUGUACAGUGAGAGUGUAAGGACAUCUCUUCGGCGGUUUCUUCAGACGAUUCUUUUCCACCGUGUGGUUCAUUCAUUCUAAUUCGAAGACCCUAGAGUGCUGAGAAGAAUUUCUUAUAGCCAUGUCUACUACAGUGAAAACCACCAAGUACACGUACAAGUCUAGUACUGGAGGUGCUACCAGUGACGUCACAAUGGAGUACGGAACGGAUAUCGGGGCCUUUACAAGGCUGGAGGACAAAAUACGUCUGCUUCAAGAGGAUUUAGACUUCGAAAGAGAACUCCGACAAAAACUCGAACGCGAGAAAUCCGAAAUUACAUUCCACUUGAUGCAGAUCACUGAACGUUUGGAAGAAGCAGAAGGCUCAAGUGAGUCACAGGUGGAGAUGAACAAGAAGCGCGAUUCCGAGCUUUCAAAGCUGAGGAAACUGCUGGAGGACGUUCACUUGGAGAGCGAGGAAACUGCUCACCAUCUGAGGAAGAAGCACCAGGAGGCCAUCGCUGAGAUGCAGGAUCAGCUGGACAUCGCCAACAAGAACAGGCAGAGAGUUGAGAAAGAGAAGCAGAAGUUUCAAUCUGAAGUUUACGAUCUUUUGGCUCAAGUAGAAAGUGCACAAAAAGAAAGGUUGACCGCCCAAAAGACUGUCGAGAAGCUGGAGGUGACCAUCCAUGAGAUGAACGUACGCAUCGAAGAGCUGAACCGCACGGUAACCGAGGUGACGGCCCAAAGGUCUCGCCUCAGCUCCGAGAACUCUGACCUCAUGAAGGAGGUGCAGGAGCUGAAGGUCUCACUCGACAACACCAACCACAUCAAGACCCAGAUUGCCACCCAACUGGAGGACCUCAGGAGGAAGUACGAAGAUGAAGAAAGGAGACGUUCUGCCCUGGAACAAACAGUACACACUUUGGAGAUGGAAGUCGAAUCAUACAAGGUUCAGUUGGAUGAGGAGACAGAGAUGAAGAUCGACCUUGAAAGACAACUGGUCAAGGUUAAUGGAGAGUGCGCCACCUACAAGACAAAAUAUGAAACAGAAUGCCUGGCUCAUGCUGAUGAGGUUGAAGAGCUUAGACGCAAGAUCGCUCAGAAGACUUCUGAAUAUGAAGAACAGCUUGAAGUUCUCCUCAACAAAUGCAGCUCUCUGGAAAAGGCCAAGUCCAGGCUCCAGAGCGAAGUCGAGGUCCUGGUCAUGGAUCUUGAGAAGGCUACUUCCCAUGUCCAAGUCCUGGAGAAGCGCAUUGUCCAAAUCGAGAAGAUCAAUGUAGAGCUGAAGACCAAGGUUGAAGAGUUGACCGUCGUGUUGGACACUACUCAGCGCGACCUCCGUGGCAAGGUGGCUGACCUCCAGAAAGCUCAACACGAGAACGAGAAGCUCAGGGAUCAGAUAGCCGCCCUUACCAGGGAGAAUAAGAAGCUCACCGAUGAGUUGAAUGAUGCCAAGGCACACCUGGCCGAUGCCAGCCGCCGCAUCCAUGACAUGGACCUCGAGAUCAAGCGUCUGGAGAACGAGCGGGAGGAAUUGAGCAUCGCCUACAGGGAGGCUGAGACGCUUCGCAAGCAGGAGGAAGCCAAGGCGCAGAGGUUGAGCUCCGAACUAGCCUCUGUCCGUCACGACUACGAGAGGAGGCUCACAGCCAAAGAAGAGGAGCUGGACUCACUCAGGAAGCAGACAGCUAUAGAGAUAGAUCAACUGAAUAUGCGUCUGGCCGAGGCCGAGGCUAAGGUGAAGACAGAGGUGGCCCGCAUCAAGAAGAAGAUGCAGGUGCAGAUCACCGAACUCGAGAUGAGCCUGGACGUUGCCAAUAAGCAGAACAUUGACAUGCAGAAGACCAUCAAGAUCCAGUCCACCAAAAUCAUGGAAUUGCAAUCUCACUAUGAUGAAGUUACCCGCCAAUUGCAGCAGAGCAUCGACCAACUGGGUGUCUCCCAAAGAAGGUGCCAGGGACUCACUGCAGAAUUGGAGGAGAUCAGAGUGUCCCUUGAACAGACCCAAAGAGCCAAGCGAACCCUGGAACAAUCUUUGGAUGAAUGCCACACCAAGAUUUCUGAGCUCACCACCAUCAAUGUCAAUCUCACUUCAGCUAAGAGCAAACUGGAGAAUGAGUAUCUCACUCUGCACUCAGACUACGAAGAAAUCUCAAAGGAACUCCGAGUAUCUGAUGAACGAUACAACCGCAUCGUUGUAGAAUUGAAAUCUACCAAAGAUUUGAUGGUAGAGGAGCAAGAACGAGUCCUCAAGAUGGAAUCUAUCAAGAAAUCCCUGGAGCAGGAAGUCAGGACCUUGCAGAUCAGAAUCGAGGAAGUGGAAACCAAUGCUUUGGCUGGAGGAAGACGCGUCGUCAGCAAGUUGGAGGCUAGAAUCCGGGACAUCGAGCUGGAACUGGACGAGGAGAAGAAGCGCCACGCAGAGACCAUCAAGAUCAUGCGCAAGAAGGAACACCGCGUCAAGGAACUGCUCCUGCAGACGGAGGAGGACCACAAGACCAUCACCAUGCUCAACGACGCCGUCGAAAAGCUCACAGAAAAGGUCAAAGUCUACAAGAGACAGCUCACAGAACAGGAAGGAAUGACUGCUCAGAACUUGACCCGCGUCCGCCGCUUCCAGAGGGAGUUGGAGGCCGCCGAGGACCGCGCCGAGCAGGCUGAGAGCAACCUGUCCUUCAUCCGAUCCCGCCACAGGACCAUCGUGACAGGACCGGCAUCCGUCAAACAGGUGUUCGUCACCACCACCGAGGAGUCAUCUAGCAGUACUGCCAACUACUAAAAGACUCUUUGUUGUUGCACGUGAUUUCUUGUUACGUGGAUUUUUCAAAUUCCCAGGUCUGGACCGAGAGCUUUCACGUCUUUCACAAGAUCACUCAAUAAAGUAUCCACCCAUUCUCA